CUCAGUAAGAGACUCCAUUUGGGCAGUGAGUCUGAGUGAGAGGAGUUGAACCGUGUCUGCUGCUUUUCUUCCUAUAUCUACGCCAAUUUUGAUCAUCUUUAAAGCUUAAACAAAAUAAAAUAUGGAGGCCACACCCGCCAACAUCCAAGCCGUAGCCACGUACCUCACUCACACGUUAUCUGAAAACUACCAAGUAAGGAAACAAGCAGAGGAUUUCCUUAUCUCUGUUGAGACCACACAGAACUAUCCAAUGCUCCUCCUCCAAAUAACAGACGAUCAAACCAUCGACACUCACACUCGUCAAGCUGCCUCCAUUGUUUUUAAGAACUUUGUCAAACGCAACUGGAGGAUCGUCGAUAAAACCAGCACGAUAUCUGACGUCGAUCGACAGCUCAUAAAGACCCACAUUGUCAGCCUGAUGCUUAAAUCCCCUGAGGCACUCCAGAAGCAGCUGAGCGAUGCCAUCACCAUAAUAGGACGAGAGGACUUCCCCAAUAACUGGCCCGGACUCAUUGAAGAAAUGGUCGGCCAUUUUAAAACUGGAGACUUCCAUGUCAUCAAUGGGGUUUUACGUACCGCCCACUCACUCACUAAACGGUAUCGUCAUGAGUUCAAAUCACAGGAACUGUGGAUGGAGAUACUUGUUGUACUUGAUGGUUUGGCUGCUCCACUCACUGAGCUAUUAGAGGCGACAAUGCGACUAGCCUCGACCAACUCUCAGAAUCCAAUCGCUCUCAAGGUUUUGUUUAGCUCUCUCCUAUUCAUAGCAAAGAUAUUCUACAACUUGACGUAUCAAGAGCUUCCGGAUCAUUUUGCCGAGAAGAACCUCGAGCCGUGGAUGGUCCACUUCCACACAUUACUAACGACCACAAACAAACUACUGGAGACCGAUGGCGAUGAAGAAGCCGGCCCUCUGGAGCUUGUUAAAUCACAGAUAUGCUCCAUAGCGACCAUGCUAGCUCAAAAGUACGACGAGGACUUCUCUCCGUUUUUAUCGGAUUAUGUCAAGACUGUUUGGAAUCUACUGGUAUCUACUGAUGCCCGUCCUAAGCACGAUAUGCUUGUGAGUAUGGCCAUUGAGUUCCUGGCUUCAGUAAUAGAGAGACCCUCUUACCAGCACCUUUUCUCUGAUGAGACCACCUUGCGGACUAUCUGUGAGAAUGUUGUAGUUCCUAAUAUGAAAUUCCGUGAGUCUGACGAGGAAUUAUUUGAGGACAACGCCGAGGAGUAUCUGAGACGAGACCUUGAAGGAUCCGAUAUUGGGACCCGCCGACACUCAGCUUCUAAUCUUAUUCGCGGUCUCAGUCGAUAUUUUGAGGGACCCAUUACUACCAUAUUCUCCUCCUACAUCUCUGCAAUGUUGCAAGAGUAUCAACAAGACCCUGUCAAAAACUGGAAGAGUAAGGACACAGCUCUCUAUCUCAUCUCGGCACUCGCCACUCGAUCUAAAAACUCUCGUCACGGUAUCACUCAAACGAGCGAUUUGGUUAAUGUGGCAGACAUUUUUACAGUUCAGUGCAUACCGGAGCUGUCUUCCCCUGACGUCAAUAAGCAAGCCGUCCUUCGUGCUGAUUCCAUUCGGUUCCUAAUAACGUUUCGUGGGGUCUUGCCUCGCCCGUUGCUACUCCAAUCUCUCCCUCUCCUUCUCGUUCACCUCACCUCAAACAAUACCGUAGUUCACACUUAUGCAGCUCACUGUAUUGAGAAGCUCCUCCUCCUUCGUUUAGAGGGAGGAGCUAUGGCACUCCUCCCUGAAGACAUUCAGCCUCACCUCGAGACACUCCUCACUAACUUGUUCAAUUGUCUGAGGAAGGAAGGAUCACUAGAGAAUGAGUACAUUAUGAAAGCCAUCAUGAGGUCAUUCUCCACGAUGAAGGAGAGUAUAGUCCCUUAUGGAGAGACACUUCUCAAGGAGUUAGUCGCAAAGCUUGCCCUCGUCUGUCAGAAUCCUAGUAAACCUCACUUCAAUCACUAUCUUUUUGAGAGCAUCUGUUGCAUCAUUCGUUAUAGCUGUAAAGUCAACCAGCAGUCCGCCAGUAAAUUUGAAGAGGCUCUUUUCCCUAUCAUUGAGAGUAUCCUUGUACAAGACGUAGCCGAGUUCCUGCCAUACAUAUUUCAGAUUCUGUCUCUGUUGCUCGAGCUCCGCCCUUCCCCUAUUCCCCCGGCAUACAUGACCAUUUAUCCUCACCUGUUGAGCCCCACCCUCUGGGAGAGGCCUGGUAACAUUCCUGCUCUCGUUCGUCUCUUACAAGCUUUCAUUGAAAAGGCACCCACUGACGUUGUCGCUAGUAACAGGCUCACUAAUUUACUCGGAGUCUUUCAGAAACUGAUUGCAUCGAAAUCUAACGAUCACGAAGGUUUUUACAUCCUUGGUACAAUGAUAGAGCACAUCGAUAUGUCCGUCUUAAGGCCUCAAAUGAAAGAUGUCUUCACGUUGCUGUUCAGGCGCCUCCAGUCCUCUAAGACCACCAAGUAUGUGAAAAGUCUUGUCGUUUUUGUCUGUCUGUAUGCUGGGAAACAUGGUGGGUCCGAGCUCCUCCAAUUAGUCGACUCCAUACAGCCAAAGCUCUUUGCUAUGCUCCUGGAGAAGGUGAUAAUAGCUGACGUUCAGAAGGUCAGUGGAUCCACGGAGAGAAAGAUCUGUGCCAUUGGUAUAACAAAGAUCCUCACAGAGACGCCAGAGAUGCUCUCAGACAUGUACAUGGGUCUAUGGCUGCCUCUCCUCCAAGCACUCAUCUCUUUGUUUGAGCUACCAGAGGAGGGCACACCAGAAGACGAGACAUUCAUAGAGAUUGAGGAGACUCCAGGCUAUCAGGCUACCUAUUCUCAACUCAUUAUGGCCGGAUCCAAGGACUACGAUCCUUUCCAGUCUCUCGUACCGAAUGCUAAGCUCCUCUUGGCUCAAUCCUUGCAUAGGCUUUCGUCGGAGCACCCGGGGAGGUUCUCAAAUAUGAUUACUACUGGUCUCACUGAUGAAGCCACUCUGUUCUUGCAGCAGUAUUUACAGCAAGCUAACAUCUCAACACUGCUCUAGUCUAUGCACUCUCUUACUGACUAGUGUUAAUACAAGUAAAUGUAAUGUCCACCUCUUGUAUUAUAGUAAACUUUUUCUCUCUCUCUCUCUUUUAUUAUUAUUAUUAUUAUUAUUAUUAUUAUUAUUAUUAUUAUUAUUAUUACUAUUAUUAUUAUUAUUACUGUUAGAUUAACAUCAACUAGCUUGAGUUUUUGUUAUCUUUUAAAAGCACACACACACCACCUGGUUUCUUACAUUAGUAAAAGAAAAAUUAA